UCCUCCCAGCAGUAAGUCGACUCCCACUAGCCGCAGCCCACCGUGUGGACCAGCACAAGACCAGACCUCCUCUCAGGACACAUUACGGAGGACUGGGACGGGUUUGUUUCAGUUUCAGGUCCUCACGGUAGAAGUACGCAUCGGUUCUCUGGGUGAACCACCGGGCAUGUGUCGUUCGUAGCGGUUACUCUGAAUACACGACCUGCGGUUCUCUCCCCAAGUUCUGGUCCUUCGUGAGACUCUUCCCAUCAUGGCUCGGAGAUCGUGUGCUAUCUACGCGACGGGGAUCGUGUCCGCUCAUCUGCUGGUGGUGGGGAUCGUUCUUCUCGUGGCUCAAGUCUUCCAGACCAUGAUCCACAGCCGGCUCAAGAAGGAGAUCACGCUGACGGAGAAGAGUCAGAUGUUCGAGUCGUGGAAGAACCCCCCUCCCCCGGUCUACAUGGAGUACUACUUCUUCAACGUCACCAACCCAGAGGUCUUCCUCAACGGGGGGAAGGCUGCCCUCAAACAGAUCGGACCCUACACCUACAGGGAAUACCGACCCAGGGAGAACGUGACCUUCCUGGAGAACGGUACCAAGCUGUUCGCCCUGAACCCCAAGAGCUUCGUCUUUGUUCCUGAGAAGUCUUGCGGGGACCCCGAGGUGGACCUGCUCAGGACCAUCAACAUCCCCUUCGUGGCGGUGACCAACGAGCUGAACCAGUACCCCUUCCUGCUGCGCUCGCUGGUCUCCAUGUUCAUGAACUCGGUGGGCAUCGAGCUCUUCAUGACGCGCACCGUCCACGAGAUCCUCUGGGGGUUCAAGGACCCCCUGCUGUCCCGCAUCCACGCCAUGCGGCCAGAGGUGGACGACACCUUCGGCCUCAUGUGGAAGAAAAAUGGAACCCAUGAAGGGGAGUUUGUGUUCUACACUGGAGAGCAGAACUACAUGGACUACGGGAAGAUCGACACCUGGAACGGCCUGAGGGAGAUGUCGUGGUGGUCGUCCAAUCAGAGCAACAUGAUCAACGGAACGGACGGCGCUGUCUUCCACCCGCUGAUCAACCGGAACGAGCUGCUUUACAUCUUUGCUGCAGACCUCUGCAGGUCCAUCCACCUGGGCUACGUGAAGGACGUGGAGGUGAAGGGCAUCCAGGCCUUCCGCUUCGCGCCGCCCGGCGACGUCCUGAUGAACCCCACGGACAACCCGGCCAACCAGGGCUUCUGUGUCCCGGCCGGAGACUGCCUGGGCACCGGCGUGCUGAAGGUCAGCGUCUGUCGAGAAGGCGCCCCCAUCGUGGUCUCCUUCCCCCACUUCUACCAGGCAGACCCCAAGUACAUCAACGCUGUGGAGGGCAUGACCCCCAACAAGGAGGACCACGAGACCUACCUCGACCUGCAGCCGACCAGCGGAGUGCCUAUCAGGGCCUGUAAGAGGGCGCAGCUCAACAUCAUCGUGAAGAGGGUCAAAGGUUUCCCAAAAACUAAAUUAAUCCACGAAACCAUUUUCCCCAUCAUGUUCGUCAAUGAGACGGCCACCAUCGACGACGACUCUGCGUCUCAGAUGCGGACGCUGCUCCUCAUCGUCACGCUGGUCUCCAACUUCCCGCUCCUCAUCAUCGCCAUGGGCCUCAUCCUGCUGCUGGUCCUCGUCGUCCUCUUCUGCAGGAACCGCCAGAGAAAGAAUGAAGUAAAGCGUAUUGAUUUUAAUGAAGCUUUUCAUUCUUUUGCUACGACCAAGGACGACCAGGCCUACACGCAGGUCAGCGACAAGCCUGAGGAGCCCUCAGAACCCCCCCACAGCGGCCAGCCCCCCCGCAACGGCUCCUACAUCGCCAUGUCUCCUGUGGAGGCGCAGAAGUGCUGAUGUCCCGGGAAGGCCACCGCUGGGGGGGGGGGGGGGGUCCUAGACUAGUCUGAUGAGGGGGGGGCUAUGGGGGGGGGCUAUGCAUUGGGAUACGACCCCCACCUCCCCUCUCAGUGUCACCCCCCCCCCCCCCCCCCCCCCCCUCCCUGGGACGCCUCUGCCUUACCUGCUGAGAACGGCCUUCUGUCGGACAUCACCAUUCAACCCCCCCCCUCCCCGUGGGGUGGGGGGGGAGGACUCGUCUGGGCCACAUGAGCCGGUUCCAACGGGCUCCGAGCAGACGGACAGUUUUCUAACGGACGGACUGCUCCCUCUGUCUCCGCCUCCCCCGCUGUCUCCCCCUCUCUCCCCCAUCCUUCAUCUUUCAAGGGCAAGCCCGCUAAACUAGAAGGAGGGGCUUAAAGCCCCUGCACUGCUCACAGGACCCCUGGGUGACCCCUAAUGUGGACCAUAUCAUUUCACUCACUCUAGAGGAAGACGGUCUGGCCUAUGCAGACAUUUCCCCCCAAACAGAUAUUUCACUCGUCCUUCAGCGACCACAUCAAUGUGGGCUUCCAUUUCACUUCUCCAGAACACUCGUGUAAAGUCGAAUCAUUUCAAAUUGUAACGGGCAGAACACUCAGAAGACCUACAAGGGAGACCAGAGUCUCUCUGCCUUACGUCUCCGUGUGGUCCUACCGGUCAGCUGGAACAGCUGCUGUCUAGUUUUUGUAUUGUACAUAUGUGAGGGGACGGCGGGCCGAACCAGGCGAGUGCAGGUCCCCCGUUUCCUUUAGAGUUGUUCCUCUGUUCCAGAGAAAGCACAAUUGGGUUAAAGAGGGGCUUCUAAAAAGAGAAGGACGAGGGCCCUCCAGCUGGGGCUAGCAGGCCGCUAGCAGGCCGCUAGCUGACCGCUAGCAGACCGCUAGCGGGCCGAUAGCUAACUUGAAGUUCGCGUCUGGCGCGGGUCUUUGUGUAAACCAUGUGUCAAAAGAAAAAAAGAAAAGCCUGUGGCGGAUUUCUACAAAGUGGAUCUCAGACCGUGACACUGUCGACUCGGAAAAUUGUGAUUCUGUGCACUUUUGUUUUUUUCAUAAUUGUGUUCCUGUUUCCCCCCCCACCCCAGUCAAUUCAGUUCAACGAGUCCUCCAGUUUAUUUCAGAAUGUCGGCCGGGGCCCAGGCUCUCUCUCGGCCUCUGUUACUUUAUAUUGUGUGUUUAUUGCUGCUAAUAAUUGCCAUAACAUGUGGGCGUACCUGGCGGUAUUAUCCAUAAUGUGCUCCUUCUCCCGAUGGAGGUUGUCCCACUCGGAGCGCGAGCUGUUCCCGAAUCGGAAUGCUGUCGGUGGCUUAACCCUUGACAUCUGGGAAAUAUCCGAGCACGGGAUUGAAUCCAAAAGCUUUCCGCCAUUUAUCUCAGCUAGCGGUUAACAUUAGCUAACAACGUAUUUCUAAUCCUGCAGUAUGUCCAUACUCGUAGUAAUGGGACUACCAGGCGAUAAUCCAAUCAUGAACGGUUACUUGGCUUCAUGAUGUGAACAAGUGUCCUGGUGUUAGGAGCACAGAGUCCUGGGUCGCUUGCGUUUCUCCAACCAGGGAACCCCCUCUUAGUGUUAAACGCCCCCUAGUGGUAGAACCGCCCCCUGCAUCCACUCAUGGCCUUGGCCCCCGGCGGCCAUCCUGGUGACUUUCAUACAGACCUUAUCCCGGGACCUCUGCGUGUCUUCGCCUGGGACGCUGGCGCCCGCCUGCGCGCGUGUGUUUACUAGAACUGUUGGCGUUUGAACACGCACACGCAUACGCGCAGGGCGCGCGCUCGCCCACCCCUGAGCCAUCCCUCCUCCAUGUGACCUCAUCUCCUCUACGCUUCAGAGUCCCCUCGUCGCUCAGCCCGGUGGUUCCUUCUGUGCUCGACCAAAGAAAACCGGGAGACGAACCCCACCCUGCUGUUCAUGCUCCUCGCUAGCGCCACGAGGCCGCCGCCGCACCACGCUAACUUUAGCGCUAACGUGUGCCAACACCAGUGAAGUAUUGUGGACAUUACAGGUGUGGGUUCCCUGGGGUACACCUUCUUUUGUCGUGUUCUCCGGUGGGAGGGAAGAGGUUUGACUGACAUCGUGCCAGCGGCCGGACGGUCUUAGUGUUACGGACGAAGCAAUACGUUACGUUCUGUUUUUAUCCACCACCCAAAAGUUCAGUAUCUUGAUUUAUGCCCAGGGUUAGGGUUAGGGUCAGGAUCAUUUCAUCUUCAGUACAGUCGAGUCGGUUUGUAUUCUAUGACUGGGAUCAAAGCACAUUUCAGGGUUGUUGUAUUUUAUUUUUUAUUUUUUCAUUUUGCUUUAAGAUUUGUAGUUGGGUUGAAGCUUGAAUGAAGAGCUUCAGUCGGUGAGAGAAUGUUCUGGGCGGUCAGAAAACGGUUUGUGUGUGUGUUGAUGAUUCUCGUGAAAUAGCGGAGCACUGUUCGUUUUUAAACCAAGUGGAGCCAAUUGAAGGAAGGCUGAUAUCUAUAGAUGGAGGCCGUUAUCCUAUGGAUUUAGGCUGACAUCUUAUGGAUGUUCUAGGCUGAUAUCUUAUGUGUUAAGCAGGCUAAUGAAGGCCUUGUUGUUGGGUUAUUAAGAAGCCAAACGCUCAGUCUGACCCGUAGAGACGAAUGACGCCCGGUUCAGUGACGAACGCUAGUGCCACGCCAUCAUGUAUGAUGCUUCUGAUCUCUGUCAGACACAACUUAUAAACCAACUAACUCAACGUUACUUUGUUGACAUACUAAUUUCCUUGAUUAUUUUUAUGAUUUUGUUUAUUUUUUUGCUGCUGAAAUGACAAUCCCUUGUCAUGCUAGGGGCAAAAUGGUUUCAAAAUAAUAUCAAUUUUUAGUUUUGAUAAUAUACACUGCACAGAUGUUUCUACCGUGCUUUUGUAAACAUUUCUAGUGUAUUUGCAAAAAAGUUGCAAUAAAUGCAAUGUAUUCAUCCUCG